AAAUCGUGUUGUCACUACGGAAACUCGUGUUUUGAUAGCUUUCUACUCCUGGCAGCACCGGUAGCUCCUCGAACGACCACGAAUCGUGUCUGUAAACACAGACGAGCCCCUGUGAUCGGGUGUGAACGAUGUCGCUUUGGUCCCCCCGCGUCAGCUCCAAAGCCCCGGGAGGUCGAGUCGAUGUGGUCGAUGAGCUGAACACACCUCUGGACACACACCCUGGGAGGGAGGCUAGCUGCUAGCUGAGGACCCGAGGACCGUAGAUGUCGCUGUUAUACAAACGCCAUGAAUUAAACGUUGCACUACAUGUCAUAUUUAUAACACAGGUACCUGACGUGGACGAGCGAUAGCCACUGCAGUCUCAGCGGAAACACAAAUCAUGGACGAGGAGUCGUUGGAGGCGGGCAUCACCGCCUACCGGGUCCAGCUCCAGCAGGUGGACACGGCCUUAUCGGCAGGCCUGGACCCCAGCCACCAGGCGGACCUGCUGCAGCUCAGAGAGGACCUGGCCCAGCUGAUAGAGCUGACCGAGGCCAGCCUGAUCUCGGUGAAGAAGAGCCAGCUGCUAGCCAGCCUGGAGGAGACCACCGGUGGAGGGGUCGCGAAGCCCGGCGGGGACCACGAGGCCAACGGAGGCUUCGACCACGAGUUUGCUGCUUUCUACUCUGAGCUGGAGGGCCCUUCCGGGAGCAGCGCCGGCGGGAGGGUGAACAGCAAGGAGGAAGAGGAGGAGGAGAACGGUCAUGAUGAUGACGGUGGUGGUGAUGAGGAGGAUGGUGCCGAAGACACGCUCAGCGGCACCAAGGUGCAGGCGCCGUACCGGACCACCUGGGGGACUCUGGAGUACCACAACGCCAUGGUGGUGGGGCGCGAGGCGCCGGACGGGGACGAGGCGCAGGUCAGGGUGCUCUACGUCUACCCCACCCACAAGUCCCUGAAGCCCUGCCCCUUCUUCCUGGAGGACAAGUGUCGCUUCGAGACCAACUGCAGGUUCUCCCACGGGGAGGUGGUGUACGUGUCGGAGCUCAGGCCCUUCCUGGAGCUGGACCUCAGCCACCUGCUGGAGGGGUCCUCCUGCCGGGCGCGCCACGAGGACGGCAUCUGGUACCCCGCCCGCAUCCUGGAAAUUGACAACGGCUUCUACACUGUGAAGUUUGAUUCCCUGUUACUGAAGGAUGCGGUCGUCGAGGGCGACGGCGUCAUCCCACCAAUGAGAGAAGACGACCUUUCCUCGUCCGACUCGUCGGACCAAGACGAUGACGAAGACAGCAUCUUCGCCAAAGUGGUCCAGGCCCACGCCGGGGACUCGACCACCACCUCCUCCGUUGACUUCGGGGGCUGGGAGGCCCACACCAGAGGCAUCGGCUCCCGGCUCAUGCUGAAGAUGGGCUACGAGUACGGGAAAGGCCUGGGGAAGCAGCAGGAGGGCCGCGUGGAGCCCGUCAUGGCGGUGGUCCUCCCCAAGGGGGCGUCGCUGGACCAGAGCGCCGAGCUCAGCCAGCCCCGGGCCGCGCGCCGGGGCCCCCGCCCGGGGGACGGCCCCCAGCCCGGCCCCAAGAGGAAGAGGGCGCCGCGACCCCGGGCCCCCGGAGGCCGCCGCAACGUCUUCGACUUCCUCAACCGCAAGCUGGGGGACGGGGGCGCGGAGGGGGCGUCGGCCACGCCCUCCCCCGGCGCCGAGGCAUACCGCGGCGGCGAGGGCGCUAAGCGGAGCCUCAACGUGCGGCUGUUCCAGGCCGCCGAGCGCGUCUCCCAGACGGAGCGCGAGAUCCAGCGCAUCACGGAGGCGCUGCGCAAGCGCGCCGGAAGGGACGUGUGUGUGGUGAAGCGUCUGGAGGAGCAGCUGGGCGCGGCCCGCAGCCAGCUGGUCUGCCUGAAGGCCCAGGAGCAGUCGGUGCAGACGCAGCACCGCAAGGCCGACACGCACAAGAAGAUGACCCAGUUCUGACCCCGGAGCCCGACCCCCACCCCGCUGCCUCGGAUCCUAGUGCCAUUAACGGAGGGGACCCUACGACCUCCGACCUCUGACCUCAGGACGACCCCUUCCCCUCGCCCCUGGAGGAGGAGGCUGAUCCGGAACGCCGGUGUUCCGGUGGUCCUAAAGACGUUUGUUUUUUAAAUCGGUGAGCCGCUCUCGCUGGGCGUCAGGAAUGGAUUGUGAACGAAGAAGAGCGAAGUUCUUAACUACUCCACUCACUCAUUUUUUUCGUCCGGUUGAAUAAACUCUGUUGACGCCGGGGAGCGGCAGUGUGCGUCGAGAUCCCCCCCCCCCUAAAGAAGGUUUUAAAGACGGAUUUUCGCAGCCACCCACGCCUGUGUUGUUCGAUACAGUCUUUUUUUUGCGGUUUUCAAACAUCUCCACCCCAUCAUAAACUCAACCCUGGUCAUCAUGAACCCAGAUUAACCCCCAAAAAACUGUCCUCGACGUCAUCAUCGUCCAUCCUCCAUCAUCCGUUUUAUCACGGUCACAUGACCGUCCACAUGAUGCCCACACACGGCCUUUCGCUGUAAUGUUUUUCUGUACAUUGUACAUAAAGAUUGCAGAAAGCUUCCCUUGUCA